CCUGAUUUUGAUGUUGAUCACUUUGUAUCAGGCUGCAGGAAACGUGUGCAAUUGGAAGAGCUCAGAGAGGAUCUGGAGCUCUAUUACAAACUCCUUAAAACUGCUAUGGUAGAACUCAUAAAUAAGGACUAUGCAGAUUUUGUUAAUCUCUCAACAAAUCUAGUUGGCAUGGACAAGGCCCUUAACCAGCUUUCAGUACCCUUGGGACAGUUAAGGGAAGAAGUUAUGAGUCUUAAGUCAUGUGUCAGUGAAGGAAUUCAAGCAGUAGAUGACCGAAUGUCUAAACAGGAAGAUAUUAGAAGAAAAAAGGUGUGUGUCCUGAGACUUAUUAAUGUUAUUCAGUCUGUUGAGAAAAUUGAGAAAAUUCUACAUUCCCAAGGCACUAAAGAAUUGUCCUCAUUAGAGGGAAACAGCCCACUUUUAACUGGACAGGUUUUAGAGAGAAUUGCCACAGAAUUUAAUCAACUACAGUUUCAUGCAGUACAAAGCAAAGGAAUGCCCCUUUUGGACAAAGUGAGACCACGUAUAGCUGGAAUAACAGCUAUGUUGCAGCAGUCUCUGGAAGGGCUGCUCUUGGAAGGCCUUCAGACUUCAAAUGUUGACAUAAUACGUCACUGUCUACGCACUUACGCAACAAUUGACAAAACACGAGAUGCAGAGGCAUUAGUUGGUCAAGUGCUUGUAAAACCUUACGUAGAUGAGGUGAUUGUGGAACAGUAUGUUCAGUCUCAUCCUAACGGCCUUCAGGCUAUGUACAAUAAACUGUUGGAGUUUGUUCCUCAUCAUUGCCGUCUCUUGCGUGAGGUAACAGGGGGAGCUAUUUCGAGUGAAAAAGCAGAUAUUGUUCCUGGGUAUGAUUUCUUAGUGAAUUCAGUGUGGCCAGAAAUAGUACACGGUUUAGAAGAGAAGUUGCCAUCACUGUUUAACCCUGGAAACCCAGAUGUGUUUCAUGAGAAGUACACCACUAGUAUGGAUUUUGUGCGUAAGUUUGAACGACAGUGUGGUUCCCAGGCCAGUGUGAAACGGUUGAGAUCUCAUCCCUCUUACCACAGCUUUAACAACAAAUGGAACUUGCCUGUAUAUUUUCAGAUCAGAUUCAGAGAAAUAGCAGGGGCCUUAGAAGAAGCACUUUCAGACACACUAGAGGAAGCACCAGCUGGCAGCUCAUACUGUCUUUUGGCCACUCACAUGGUCUGGACAAGUCUUGUGAAGUGCUGGUCAGAUCAAAUGUUUUUACCAUUAUUAGCACACCGUCUGUGGAAACUUAGUUUGCAAAUUCUGGCACGCUACUCUGUGUUCAUCGCUGAGGUUUCUGUAAGGCCCAUUUCCAGCGAGAAUACAAAGGAAAGCAAAAAAUCUGUGGCAGCUGGUAGAAAGGAAUCUUCUGUAAGCCUCAACCCUGGUGAGGACCAAGGAAAUGGGUCUUCCCCAGAAAGUCAACCAUUGACUUCUAUAUCUAGUACUCAGUUGGUAUAUGUUGCUGCAGAUCUGGACAAACUCCAGGAUCAGAUUCCUGACAUCUUAGAAAUGAUUAAACCAAAACUUGAAAUGAUUGGCUUCAAGAAUGUACCUUGUAUUGCAGGAGCCUUGGAAGACUCAAAGACUUCUUUAUCAGCCUGUGUGCCUACCUUGAAUAACAGGAUUAUCCAGGAUCUCAGUGAGUCUUCCUUCGCUUACCUGAAAAGUGCACUGGAAGUUCCAAGAUUAUAUAGGAGAACCAAUAAGGAGGUGCCAACUAAAGCUUCACCUUAUGUUGACAGUGCUCUUAAGCCCUUCUACCGACUGCAGAACGAAUACAAAGAUAUAUUGAAGCAGCCCAUGAUUCAUCAGUGGUUGGAAGGUGCCCUCUCUGAAAGCACACAGAG